GCUGGCUGCGUUUUCUCUCUCUCUCCCACACUCACCCUCCAUCUCUCUCUCUCUCUCCCUCUCUUUCUCUCUCUCUCUCUCCCUCUCUUCCCCAUCCCUUGCUCUCCUUGUCUUCGUAUCUCGCUUUUCCUUUCUCUCUCCUCUUCUCUCUUCUCCCGUGUGUCCCCCUAGCCAGAGUCGGUUGGUCUGUCUUCUGUCUUCGCUUUCGUUUCUUUCCAUUCCGACUGGAAGUCCAUCGGGAGCCGCAUUCUUCUCGACCUUUUCACUGGGUGCUUCCACAGUCCCCUGAACACGCUCCUUACUUACUCCUCAUUGAUCCCUCUAUCCCUCUUCUACUUCUCUGCAUGCUGGUCACCUUUAUUUUUGUUUUCUUUCCCCCUUCUUUUCUUCUUCCUAUUCGCUGCAUAGGCACUUAGAGACGAAAACUAUUCCACCUGAAACGGCUGCUGUUGAGGCCAUACAACCCACUGCAUACCCACUUGUUCGCCUGCAAUUUUUAUUGUCAGCACAUGACUACCUCAAGUGCCUCAUUAGUCAAGCUUUCUCUACGCCGUUGAGCCUACCCUACCCCUGAAACUCGCACCUCUCGCCAUCUUUUUUUUUCCGCCUUUCGAACUUCUCUCACGACCUCUCCGACAUAUUUUCGUUACUUUUUGAUCUUUCUUUUUUAUUCCUUUCGCAGCCUCCCUACUUGUAGUUUACGCCUUCAAGACAGGCCUUUGGUCUUCAAACCAUUGUUGCUUGAUGAGACUCUAGGGAGCGUUGAUCAACCCUGGUCGCAACACUUUUCAACCACAAUCUACCUUGCUUGGUGGUACCUGUGGGAAUCUAGGACCCCUGGGCUUCAAAGUCGCACAGAGCUUUCGUCCCUGCGAUUUUACCUGACCUCGCAAUACCAAUCUACCGACCGAAUACCUACCCAUCUAGCAUUGUCAACGGCUCCUGCGUAAGAUGUCAUUCUUUUCGCGGGUUUUCCGUAGCAGAGAUGCGAGUGGCUCGAAGAAACAGGCAAAGCACAAUGGCGUCAGUCAGGAUAUCCCUCAGAAGCCCCAAUGGACCGAUGCUUUCCUCCGUACGGAAGUAACCCCAGAUGAGAUCCAAGAGCUGCUACAUGGAUGCACGGUCGAAUUGAAAUCAAGAGGACUCGAAAUUCCAUUCCUCCUCCUCCCAUUUCGCCCCAGCUCGGACCCAAGUUCAGCCCGAACCUUCAUUCGACACUACUUCAGCCCUCCUCCUGAGCGGCCAGCUCCACUUCGUGGAGAACAUUUACUCCAGGAGCUGCGGUUGACUGAACCUAUGGUGCUCUGCAGUAUUAUGAAAUGGUGUUGGAGUCGAUUGCCUGGAGGGGUGGUAACCUGGGAGGCAUACGAAUUGUUCAAAGUUGGCGAACAAGACUCCCAAUUUGCCCGCGACGCCUUUUCCACCUUUAUCCCUUUAAGUGUUGAAUCUGAUGCUCGAACAAAAAUUAUAUUCGACUUCUUCGACCUCAUGUCUGCUGUUGCAGCUCACGGAAAAACUAACGGAUUUGGAGGCCGCAAACUUUCGCGCUAUGCUGGUUGGUGGGCUUUCGAGCACGUUGAUACUGGCAAUGGAUUUGAAUCAAGCUAUAAGAACUGGGCAAGUGCGGCGGAUGCGACAAGCCACUUAUUCUUUGCUUACCUUCGUUCUCUAUCUCCUGAUUCCCUUCGCGGAUCCAAUGGCAUUUCUGCCCUUCCGAUCUCGUUGCAAAGCCUUGUUCAAGCCACAGAAUACCCCCCAGAAACCCCCGCCCUGCUUCAGAUGGAAUCGACUAAGGUGGUAAUGAUCGUUGACACUGUCUCCCCGACACCAUUUGCAUUACUACGACGUGCCAAGAAUUUCGAAUAUAGGGAUAGCGAUCACGCCCUACAGAAGUUCUCGAAUUUCGAAGAUCCUGUCAGAGCACUUACUGACGAGUGCCGUAGAGUUUUGCGAUGCAUAUCCUCAACCAACCAAUCCAAUGUUAUAGCAGCAGAAGAGGGCCCAGGCCCUAUUCGUGAUCCAUCCUGGUCAAGAUUUGAGGAUCUGGGUUUCACCGACACUAUCGAAGAGGGUGAUGGUGACGAGGAUGGAGAUAGAACAGUGUCGAAACAAACCGGACCACUGGGUCUGAGGUCGGCUCCUCACUCUCGCACUGCUGAUCUUGGUCGACCGACCACACCUUCCUGGGCUGAUUUCCUUUCCUCUGGAUUUGCUGACGAAAAUGAGCCAAGAAGUCGUCCGCCUUUCCUCCUACCCCCCGACAAAGUCCUUCCCCCCAUUCAAACCGUGCGCGGGCAAAGUUCCCAAUCGCAUAAACGUUUGUUCGACCAGGAAUCAUCCGCUGAACCGGGCGAACUUGCAAGCAUAACCAAUCUUGACUUGGAUGCGUCGUUCUGGUGGGUCUGGAUUAGCAGUCUGUCAGGGGAGGAACCAACUCAAAGAAAGGCAGUUUUUGGGCGGUGUGCUCUGAUUGAAACAUCCAUCUCAGGAGGGAAGUGGUUUGUGCUUGAGGAACAAGUGAAGGGUGCUGCUCCUGAGCCAGAAGUUGGUGCAUAUAUCGCUGAGAAAAAAAGCUUCUUCGGCUUCAGGUCACGAAAAGGACGGUUAACACGACGCAAAUCUUCCGUAAAGAAGAUAUCCACUGCAGAAGAACCCUACCAACGGGCCAACAGCACAAGAGCAAUGAGCAAGACGAGCAUUGGCCCAGACCAGCACGCUAGGAUCCAGGCUGCCGCUGCCGCUCUUCAGAGGAAGCACAGGGAACAGGAGCAGGAGCAAGCGUCAGAAAAACGCAACAGGUCGGAAGACUUGGGACAUUCAAAGAACAACUCCGUGAUGUCGCUGCAGCCGCUUGUUAUGACUGAAGUCUCACAGGCGAUGAAGUGGGCUAACAACUACGAUAAAAAUGCAGUGCGAGCGGCUUAUCUUGGAAACAGUCUUGCUGGUACGGGUGCUCCUGCAGAGUCACUGCAAUUGCCAGCAAAUGGCCACGUCCAAGCUAGCUCUCUUAAUUCGACCAGCCCUCGUCUUGAUAAUGAGCAAGCAGUUCCUCCAAAGGAAGAAGCGGCUGAUCAGCGCCCCGCUGCCGAGCAAUCUGAUAUUUCCAAAAACACUGCGUCAGACUUGCACCCCGUAGUUACUCCUGUAGCGGAGCCCACUGCCCCAGCUUCCGUCGGAAGGAAAUCCCCAGAAAUGACUCGCAGCAAGAAGUCCAUGGAUUCGACUGAGGAACCCAAGAAACUGAAGAAGAAGGCCGCAAAUACGACGCUGAAGGGUAUGUUUGGUAAGAAGGCUGAGAAGCCGGAGCAGCCUCCCAUGAAACCAACUGGGGUAGAGACGUCUGCUGUAGCUGCCGCCAAAGCUGCCCUUGAAGGUCGAACCGCACAGGCUGCAAAGACUUCAACCUUCUCACCUACCAAGGCACCUGCUGCCCACCGCCUCUCUGGGCUUGGACGAAAGAAGACCGCGGAGUCAAUCCCUGCGCAGACAAUGUCCAAUCCAGUUACCCCACCUGCAACUGAGGAGCCGAAACAGGCUCCACAACCCGUGGUGCAACCAGUGCCGGCCGCCACAGGUUACGAUGGCCCACCGUGGACUCGCAGGGAUAGUGAAUUCGAUGCGCUCUCUCGAGUGGACACCAACGAGAAGGCCCAAGCCGACCGGGAAUUUUCCUCCUUCGACCACCAGGCCCCAUUCGUUGACCAGCCUGCAUUUGUUCCUGAGGAUACACCAAUCAGAAACGAGUUCCCAGAACGGGACAUUCCUGCCCAACACCCAGCUGCCAAACAGGCCGGAUCACCUAUUAAUGGUCACGGGCGCCAAGAUAAAUCAAUCUCGGAUGAACCCUUGCCCCUACAGGACCGCUGGGCACAAAUCCGGAAAAAUGCUGCCGAACGUGCUGUCCAUGUCGAUGACCACCCGUCGAGAAGCCAUGAGCCGGAGAAGACUGAUGAUGGAGAAACAAGUGGGGAGGAGACAAUCGAAUCCCGAGUCGCACGCAUUAAGGCUCGUGUUGCCGAAUUGACAGGUAAUAUGGAAUCUUAGGCAAUUUGUCCUCAACGAUGUUUCCACGGUUUUCAUGCGUCUCGCGUAUUUCCAACGUCAGAAUACGACGAAGGUCUCCUUUCCGUAACUCCAUUAUUUUUUCCCCCUAUUCUCGUUUUCUGUUUUUGUUGCUUUCUACAACUUCUAUACCCUUUUUUUCUUUUCCUUCCCCCCCAAACUAUGCCUCGUAAACUAUUCCCUGAGUAAUCACCUUGAUAUUUUUGACCGAAUAUUUUCUGAAAUCAUCCCCCUUCAACUCAUACAAAUCUUUCUUCCCUCAACUCGACUCUUUUUUCUACCAAUAUCCGUGCGAAUUUGAUUCCUACUCGAACGUGUUGAACUCUCUAUCCAAGAACCUUUGGAUUGUUCCUUUUGUCAUAGGUACCCUUUCGAUUUUUAUUUUCUAUUUUGAUUUAUCUCAUUUUGAAGCUUACUACCACAUACUCUCCUACAAGAUUACCCAAUUUAGUUCUCUCUUUCCUCUCAAUUAUAGCGUUUUGUUUUGCAGUUUGCUCUCGUGGCCUAUCGAUCUCAUUUUGCUUUCCCUCUCCCUGCUUUCCUACCGCCAAAUUUAUACCAUCCUGCUCUCUCCUUGAUAACCCACUCUCUGUGAAUUCGAGUCUAAAAUCUGUUCAAUAUUCUUUUCAGUAUUUUGACUCCUUGUUUUCCCUCUUCUCUUCCUUGAGAUGUUAUGUUCUAUUUCUCAAUUUAUCUCAGCAAGUCAGGGAGGGGAACUAGGAGCGUUCGCGCCACUUGUAAUUUGAAUGGGUAUAAACACCCGAAACGGGGCCGACAGACCCUAUUUGUAGGGGUUGAGGGGUAGUGGGCAGGGAGCACCUUGUUUUGUUCUUUUUUAAUCAAUCAAUGUACGCAAAACAUAACAGAAAUCAAUAUUUUUUGAUGCUAAACCAAGAUUACCUCCACAAUUCCCCUAACAAUAAACUACGGAUAUCUCUCUCCCUUUUUUGCGGAGAAAGGUUUAUUUUUGUUGUUUCAUAUCUCGCAAAGAAGCUACAUAGGCCCCGCAGCCAAAAUUUGUUGAUUUGUCUCAGCUAACUCUCAAUCCGU